AUGAGUUCUCUGAGAGAUGAAGGGGCCGUUGACACGAAUUAUCUCAUUCGGUUGUUCCUUGACACGCCAGCCGAGGAAACGCCUCAUGUGGGUGCUGGUCUCGUUGCACGCCUGGCAGAAGGAACAAUAGCUGUGUUUCAAGACAUAAAAAAAAGUCCGAUUGACGGAGUCAAAGGAGAUUCAGAGUCUCAAUCAUAUCUUGUCAGUCUUGGAAGGAGCUCUGACAGACUUCAACUCUGGUCAGACGGAUACGGAAUCUCCAGCCGAGCCUCCCAUGGCCUCUUUGAGCGAUCUAGUCGACUGCGAGGUGCAACGCUUGAGAUUCUAUCCAGUAUAGGUUUGGCUCUUACUGAGAGACUCAUCGCAUCAACCUUUGGGGCGGGCCUUCUUAGGAAGACGCAACUUCCUGAGAGCUUCACAACUAAGGUAGAACAGCUGAGGCAACUGCUACAAGAAGCCGAAAACGAUGUAGCAAAGAGUGAAUCUUCAACUGGAUCAUCUGAUUAUGACGAUGACGAUAUCGAACAAAUCACUGCAGAUCUUGAAACAGACACCAGAAGUUUGAUGGAAUUAGAUGCCUUAUUCUCUGAACCUAUUCUGGACGCCAGACACAUGAGGCAAUCUCUUCCGUCGUCUUUGCACGAAUGGGAACCUCAUGAACCUUACAAACAUAUAAUCACCAACAGAUUUCCAAAAGCAGAUGUUGGGCUCAUUACCAGUCUCGGAAAAGCCAAUUAUGAGCGAUUCUUGAGAGGUCAAGAGGAGAGGAACAGCAAUUCUCGGACAUUUCUGGAACCUGUCAUGCUGCAAGAAAUCGGGAAUUCAGACGCUGCAAGUUCUAAAUUCAACGAUUCGGGUCUUGGAUCAUCUAUUCCUUCAUCUUACGCGGAGACAAUUAUGUCGUACCACGGCGGCGAAGGGACUUCGAUCCGCUUACCGUCCCUACCCAAAUCAGCCAGGAAUGGUUCAAGCUUUUUGUGUAUAGCAUGCGGCCUGUCAACCAUCGUGCAAUCUAAUCUGGCAUGGAAACGCCACUUGUUCAACGACUUAAGGCCUUGGCAGUGCUUAGAGCCCUCGUGUAGAUACAAGAGCGUCUUCAGCACUCGUAGGGAUUGGGUCUCACAUCUCGCUCUUCGCCACUUCGGGCCCGAGUGGAAAGGAACCGAGUGCUCACUAUGCCGAAAUGACACUGGCAAUGGCAAGAUCGCUAUUCUUCAACACCUCGGGGGGCAUCUUGAGGAGAUCUCUCUUGCUUCUCUCCCUUCGAAACCCGACUUAGAGACAGAAAGCCAAUUUUCAGACGGCAGUCGGCAAGAUGAUGCGAUUGGCAGUGAAGCCGAGGAGACCCAUGCCGCAGCAGAACUUGAUUAUCUUGACUUGUCUGGCACGGCAGCUAAUGUACAAAGUGCUGAAAUGGGGCAAGAAGGGCCAGUCGCUUCUAGUCCAGCUGAGAGGUACAUCGAAAGAGCCAGACGAACCGGACGUCUGGAACCUGAAGUUUGCAAUGCAUUCUUGACCUUGAUGAAAGAGCGUGCGAGAGAGAUGUAUGGCAUAGUAUCUUAA